UUUUGAGUAGCUGUUUUUAAAUCUUGUCCAACUUCAUGCGAUAUUUCUAUGCUUUCUAAGUUAUUAAACCGCGUUUCUACGAAGUUGUUACUGAAAAACACUUGGUACUACAUGCCAACUAGUACCAAUGGCGCUCCAGAAUUUGCACGACCUUUACAAUAACAAGCGUCAUCCAAAUCGAAAUGGUGGCGAUUCUGGAAGAAAUUCAACUACUCUUAUGUGUUACGUUACGCUUGCAAGUAGUCAGGUUUAUCAGGUUGAAGUCGAUCACAAAGCAGAAUGUCAGGAAGUCAUAGAUAAGAUAUGUAAAUUGAUAGGGAUUACGGAAGAAGCUAGUUAUUUUGGUAUUCUAUUAGCAGGAUCUAAAAACGAAUUGUUUUGGCUUAACAGCAGAAACAGGUUAUCAAGGCAAAUUCCAGGGCCUCCUCCAUACCAUCUAUAUUUUAGAGUAAAGUAUUUUGUUCAACCAUCUACACUUCAACUCGAGGAAACCAGACAUCAGUUUUACACAAACGUCGUAUAUCAUCUAAAAAAUGGAUCUUGGGACGCUGACACGACCCUGGAAACACAGUCACAGUUAAUUGCCCUCAUGGCAUACAUACAGUUUGGAAAUUACAACCCAAAUACCACUCCAUGCAAGUAUGCUUGCUUUUGGCCCGAAUGUCGCAACGAAAUUCCACCAGAAGCUAUUCGUAUGGCUGCUAGUUUUCAUAAAGACUUAAAAGAUAUUACCACUUCUCACGCAAAAUAUGAACUUCUGUCUAUAGUUUCACGAGAAUUUCCCUCAUAUGGAACAUAUUUUUAUGAUGUGAAGAAUAUAUUUGAUCGCAAGUUAUUGCUUGGUGUUGGUCCUAGUGAUAUUGUUUUGUGCAACUCUACUGGAGGCGUUACCGAUCGUUUUCCGUUUUGUCGAGUACACACAAUCACAAACAGCGCACGAGUUGUUACUUUAAAUUUGCUUGAAGAAGAUGGCAGUGUUAAAGGACAAAACUAUCAAUUAUCAUCAACUCGUCUAGCUUAUUCCCUUUAUCGUACAAUUACUGAAGUUCAUGCUUUUUUUCAAAGUGAUUCAAUUAAACAAUCAUUAAUUGAACAAACUGUGCGAGAAUCAUUUACUUCAAUGUUUGAUCAUAAUGGUAAGGAAUAUGCGUUCGAUCUUCGAUAUACAUUUUUGGAAGUGUAUGAUCGUGCCAGACGACAUAUGUAUCAUUGCACAAGUAACACUACUAAUCCUAUACCUACAUGUGGAUCACAUGGUCUAACACAACGUACAAGAAGUUUAAGUGGCUCUGUGAAUUCUGUUAUACAUGGUGAAAACAUUUCAACAAGUAGCUUAGAAGCUAUCCACAAGAUUGAAGAUUCUCGAGGAAAGCAAGACUCAUCAAGCCUGGCUGAAUCAGUCGUUAGUGUUGAGGAAGUUCAAGAGAUAGUUCAGGAAACUUUGCGUGAAGUAGCACUCUGUCGUGUUUGUAUGGACCAACCAAUAUCACGUGUUUUCUUUCCAUGUGGUCAUACAAUAUGCUGCAGCAUAUGCGCAGAUCGUGUAGAUCAAUGUCCUGUGUGUCGUAAAAGUAUUGAAAUCAGGCAUCCAUGCUAUUUACCUUGGAAUACAGAAUCAAAUAGUGAAGAGGUUUGUCUUCUUCCUAGCUGUACAUUUAAAGAUGUAAGUGACCGAUUUAAGUCUCAUAGACACUCACGUCACCAUAAAAACAAUACCACAUCAGAUUCAGCUUUGCAUGAAACAGCAUCAGCACCUUCCUGUCAAUUAUCAUCCUUUAUCCAUGAAAUUUCAAAAACAUCUGAUCGUUCAAGUAGCCUUAAUCAGUCCACACCAACUAGUGUUCCUAGUUUAUCCAUAAGCAAUCAAUCCGAUGUCACUUUCUUUUCAAGAGCAUCUUCAUCAAUAUCUGAUCAAAAGCCUUGUGUAGUUUCUACAAUGACUGCUUCAACCUCAGGAAAUUCGGUUCCUUUACUAGUUACAUCUUCAAACAAUCCUAGAAGUCAUGAAGUCGAGAAAUCUGUUAGUACUACGCGUCGUGUUACAUGGCAAACAGAAGAUUAGCAAUGCUCAGUAGUAGUUAUGCAUUAUAUAGUGUGCACAAUAUUUGUAUAAAUUAUCUUAUUUUUCGGUGAUAUCAAAGAAAACCAUUCACAAUAACCUGAAUUUAUUUCUAAAUAAACACUCACUUUUAUUUCUAUUUAGCUUGGCUUUUUUCCUUUCUUUUUAAACUAUAGAGUUUGUCGUCAAACGGUGCAAUUCAUUCUCUUUUUUUUUUUAAAAAAAAACACACACACCUUUUUUUUGUUACUUUCCUCCUUUGUUCUCUACAUUGUAU